AUGGCAACCGACGGAGGAGGUUGGAUUGUGUUCCAGCGUCGUGUUGAUGCCAGUGUGGAUUUCUUUCGAGAUUGGGAUGCCUACAAGCAAGGCUUUGGGGAUAUGGACGGAAACUUCUGGUUGGGGCUUGAAAAACUGCACAAGCUAGCCGCUCCAGGAAAGGGGGCCAUUCUUCGGGUUGACUUAAAGCACAUGGAUUUUGCAGACAAAAAGUAUGCAAAGUACAGCUUAUUUGAGAUUUCAGGAGAAUCGGAUGGGUAUCGUCUGAAGGUGGGAGGCUACUCUGGAGAUGCUGGUGAUUCUCUGAUUUACCAUAACGACAUGAAGUUUUCAACAAAGGACAAGGAUCAUGAUAAUCUACAUAAUGGCAAUUGUGCACUAGCACAUGCUGGUGCUUGGUGGUAUAACCGUUGUUAUUAUUCAAAUUUGAAUGCUUUUCAUCCUUUAUCAUCGAGCAGUAGGCAUAUAGCUAGUUAUAUUACCUGGAGAACGUAUUUUGAGAACGCAGAUUCUUUUGGUAGGGUGACAUUUGUUGAGAUGAAAUUCAGAUACAAAUAA